AUCGUGAUACGCAUUAUUAUAGCGACGAGUAACUUUCACUGUUUAACGUAGCUACUUCGAGUAAAAGCAGUGAUUGAUUCUCUACCUGGAAGGAAGGUCUGCGACUAUGAAGAUACAUCGGCACAGGUGAUAGGCUGAACUGAAACACGAAUUUUCUACGAAUCAAACAGAGGAGAUAUUGAGACACCAUCAUGGAUAUAUUCCGGGUGGGGGUUUCAGUUACUGUUUUCGUUCUACUCAUCGUUGGAAAUCGAGCUGACUGGAGAAACGAUUACAACGAAGGAACAUCCACGCUAGAUGCCAAGGACUCGUUCGCCUUGGACUACCGACUGCCAAAAGCGAUUGUUCCCGUCCAUUAUGAUAUAACUUUAUCUCAAAUAAAUCUGGAUCCGUUAUCGGUUAAUCCCUUCAAAUUUGAUGGAAACACGGCAAUUCAAGCUUUUGUACAAGAACCGACUGAUACUAUAAUACUUCAUUCUGGAAGAAUUAAUAUAUCAGGGUUGAGCGUGCUACUUGACGGCAAACCAAUAGAUAUUGUAGUCAAGAACCAUAAUAUUCAAGAGAAAUAUGAAAUUGAACUGGAGAAGGUUUUGGCGAAGGGAGUAAAUAUUUCCAUCAAUUUCAAGUACACGGGUGAACUUAAAGAUGACAUGAUAGGAUUCUAUAGAAGUUCGUACAUCGACUCAAACGGAAAUAUUAGAUGGCUUGCUUCCACACAGUUUCAAACAACGCAUGCAAGACAUGCCUUCCCCUGCUUCGACGAACCGGACUUCAAGGCGACAUUUAAAGUUACAAUUUUGCUAGCGGACGGAUAUACUUGCCUCAGUAACAUGCGACUGAACAAACGCAUAGAAGCAGGAGAGGGCGAUUAUUGGCAUGAGUUCGAACAAAGUAUUCCCAUGUCAACCUAUUUGGUUGCUUUUAUGAUUGCGGACUUCGAGCAUAAUGGCGAUGACAACUUCAAAGUUUGGGCCAGACCUAAUGCAAUCAGUCAAACCCAGUACGCAUUGGACAUCGGUCCACGAGGCCUCAAACAUCUUGCCGAGUUGUUUAAACAACCGUACCAAAUUUCCAAGAUGGAUAUGGUGGCUGUGCCCGAUUUUGCAGCCGGCGCAAUGGAAAACUGGGGCCUUGUUACGUAUCGGGAAAGUAGAUUGCUGUACGACAAAAAAAUGUCUUCGGAUGUUGCACAACAAAGCGUUGCUUCGGUGAUCGUUCACGAAUUAACGCACAUGUGGUUUGGAAACAUGAUUACACCCGAAUGGUGGAGCUGCUUGUGGCUAAGCGAAGCAUUCGCCAGAUACUAUCAAUACUUUGGCACCGCACAGGUUGAAACAUCGUGGAAUAUGGAACAACAAUUUCUUGUAGAACAACAUCAAUCUGCACUCGGGGUAGACGGUCUCGAGACUUCCAAGCCUAUGACACGAAAUGUUUCCAGCUCGGCGGACGUCGCAGGAAUUGGUGACACUAUUACCUAUAACAAGGGAGCAAGUAUUGUACGGAUGAUGAGUUUUAUUUUCGGACAGGACGUUUUCAUAACUGGAUUACAAAAUUACCUCGAAAACAACAAAGAAAAUAAAGUGGCGAGUCCACAAAAUCUCUGGAAGGAACUUCAAUCAGAAAUAGAUCGUCGCAAUGAAAAGCUUGAUGCAACUGUGGAGAAAAUAAUGUCCACGUGGACAGAACAAUCUGGAUUCCCAGUAUUAACCGUUUCGAUUCAGAAUGGAGAAGCCACCAUGCGACAGCAGCGUUUCCUCUUGAGAAAUCUAAACAACUCACCGACGAAACUAACAUGGUGGAUACCCAUUACGUGGACCAGCGAAAACAAUCCAAGAUUUGAUAUUGUGAAUAUUAGGCAUUGGAUGAACAAGGAAAAUGAUAUGGUUAAGUUGGACACUGCUUCCGGAUGGGUGAUAUUCAACGUCCAAUCGAGUGGUUUCUAUCGAGUGAACUACGACAAUGCUUCUUGGUACCGUAUUAUCGACGUCUUAAAUAGUUAUAAAUAUAAAGAUAUACAUGUCCUUAAUAGAGCUGCCUUGGUUGAUGAUUUGUUGAAUUUGGCGAGAGCCGGCUUGGUUGACUAUAAAGUAGCAUUGGAUGGUGUACAAUACAUCGAACAGGAAACGAAUUAUUUGCCUUUUAAGUCCGCGUUUACUGCACUCAGUUAUAUUGAUCAACGUUUUUCUGGACACGAUACCUAUUACAAGGAAUUCAAGAGGUUUGUUUUGAAACUUGUCGAAGAGAGAUACAAUAACAUCGGGUUCCUGGAUGGCCCUAAAGACGACAGAUUAACAGUAUUAUUGAGAAGUGAACUCAACAAAUGGGCUUGCAACUACGACCAUGAAGGAUGCGUGUGGACUUUCAUUGGAAUGUUCCAAAAGUGGAAGACAAACAAUAUUUUAACAAUUCCUCCAAACCAACGAGCCACGGCAUAUUGUACAGCAAUUAGGUAUGGGACGAAAGAAGACUGGGAAUUUUUAUGGGACCAAUACUUCCAUUCCAACUUCGCCUCUGAUCAAUCGGUCAUACUGCAAGCUCUCGGUUGCACCGAAGAUAACAGUCUUCGAGAAAGAUACCUUUUCUAUGCGCUCAAAAGCUUUGAACAAAGCAGAAUUCGCAAACAGGAUAGCACCGCAGUAUUUUCUGCGGUUUAUGGCUCCAGUUUAUCCGGUGCAGAGUUUGUGCUAGAUUUCAUCGAUCGAUACCAUCUCAAUAUGACGGAAUAUUACAAAGGAACGGAUACAAUUUCCAGUAUUUUGUCAUCGGCUUCGCAACGUUUCUCAACCGCGGAGUUGGUCGACAAAUUUGAAAAGAUUAUCGAAAAGCAUAAGACGCCGUUGAAAGAUAUAUACAAUUCUUUGAUAACGUCGCUUGGCACCGCGCGAAGCGACUUAAAGUGGUUUAACACCAACGGGGAUCCGAUUUUGUCCUGGAUAACCGCUUUUAAUAAUAGACACGAUACGAAAGCCUAUAGACUGCCUGGAAACAUAAUUCCUCGCGAAUAUUCAAUUAACGUGACGCCGCAUAUCGGAGAGCUUUCCAAUUUUACAUUCGAUGGAUCUGUGCAAAUUUCUGCGGAUGUGACGAGCAAGACGGAAAGCAUCGUUUUGCAUGCAGCAGAUGUAACCAUCAAUCGGGUUAACGUUUUUGUAAACGACAAGGCACUUAACAUCGUGUCAAUGACAGUUACUAAAAAAUAUGAUUUCCUCACGAUCAAUCUUGGACAACAGCUGCAAGUUGGAGACCGUGUAAACAUUGAAAUAAAUUAUUCGGGCUAUCUGAACGAGGAAAUGCGCGGAUUUUAUAGGAGCUCGUACACGAACGAUCUCGGUGAAACGAGAUGGUUAGCUGCCACCCACAUGGAACCAGUUGCAGCUAGAAAGAUGUUCCCUUGUUUCGACGAACCAGCAUUGAAGGCAACCUUUUCGAUGACAGCCACGGUUCCACAAGGCUACAGUGCGAUUAGUAACAUGCCGAUUCAAAACUCAAUUAUACUUCGAAGCGGAGAAACGACUAUCAAAUUCAUGAAAACACCAAAAAUGUCCACGUACCUAGUGGCUUUAGUUGUUUCGGAUUUCAAUCGAACCGCAUCGGAGAUGAAUGCAGUGUGGUCAAGACCGAAUGCCAUUCUUCAGGGACAAUUCGCUGUAUCCGUCAUGAGCCCAUUAGUGACAUAUUACGAUAACUUAUUGGAAAUUCCAUACCAACUUCCAAAACUCGAUAUGGUGGCCUUGCCUGAUUUUGCAUCAGGUGCAAUGGAAAAUUGGGGUCUAUUGACUUACAAAGAAAGGAACGUGUUAUACGACGCAGAAGAAUCGACCGUUUCAACCAAACAAAGCAUAGCUAACGUUAUAUCGCACGAAAUCACUCACCAAUGGUUCGGAAAUCUUGUCAGCCCUCUCUGGUGGACCUAUACUUGGUUGAACGAAGGCUUCGCUAGAUACUUCCAAUACUUUGGAACCGCCAGAGCUCUGAAUUUCACCUAUGAUUGGAAUCUGGAGUCUCAAUUCGUGGUGGACCACCUUCACUCGGCUUUGGAGACGGACAGUUCAGCAACGAGCCACGCUAUGACUCAUGAAGUGUACAGUCCAACGGAAAUUAGAGGAAUGUUCGAUACAAUAUCUUAUGCUAAAGCUGCCAGCGUGAUACGAAUGUUGAGGAAAUUAUUUGGCCCCGACAUUUUUGAUUCGGCUCUUCGUAGCUAUCUGGCGAAACUGAAGUACGAUGUGGCCAAGCCUGAAGACCUAUUCGAUGCUUUCAAAGAAAAACUCAGUGAUGUGACAAUAAGGAACUCGUUUAACGACAUCAUGCAAUCGUGGACUACCCAACCUGGAUAUCCAGUCGUUCAUUUUAGCAUUCAAAAUAAACGUUUGAGUCUCAAACAGGAAAGAUUCCUAAUCGAACCGAAAAAUAGUAAUUCCACCGAUCCAACUUGGUACGUUCCUAUCACUUGGACAUCUCUGAACAAACCAAAUUUCGGUGACAUGGCACCAAAAUAUUGGCUCAGUAAGGCGCAGGACAGCAUCGUAUUUCCAGACGACAACGCAGAUAUAUUCAUAUUUAAUUUACAACAAACCGGCUUCUAUCGUACGAAUUACGACGAGGAUCACUGGCGGCGAAUAAUUAGUUUCCUGAAUUCAAACACAAACUCCAACGACUUCCAAACGAUCAAUGAGAUCAACCGUGCGGCGAUCAUCGAUGAUCUGAUGAAUCUUGGGAGAGCUGGAUACGUUGACUAUGAAAUCGUUCUAAACGCAACGCAAUAUCUACGCAAGGAAACUUCUUACGUUCCAUGGCGUGCGUUCUUCAACGGCCUAACUUAUCUACGCAGACAAAUCCAAGGAAGGGAUGCAUAUGACGCUUACAAGAGAUACUUAAACGCACUCAUACAACCGAUCUAUGAUUCGAUGAAAUUCGACGACAACGAGAAGAUGACUCAUGAAAGGAAGAUGUUGAAAAUGUACAUUCGCAAAUGGGCUUGCGAACUGGGAAUAUCCGAUUGCGAAUCAUCUGCAUUGAGAUACCUCGAUGAUUUGAUAAAUGGCAUAAUAGAUAAAAUUCCACCAAACUAUCGCAGUGUAUCAUAUUGUACAGCUGCUAGAGUAAAUCCAUCUGAUUACUGGUCAGUUUUGUGGGAGAACUACUUGAGUGCAGCCGUUGCUUCGGACAAAGCAGUUAUUCUUCAGUCCGUAACUUGCACCACCAAUGCCAUUUACCUUGAUUCCCUACUGCAAAAAGCUAUUCAUAAGGGUUCUGACAUACGAUUCGAAGACAGCUCUAGCGUAUUUAGCAACGUUAUAAGUGCCAGCUUGGAGGGCGCUGAUUUUGUAAUGGAUUUCAUUAAGAAUAACUACAACAAAAUGCUCGCGUACUACAACGACGUUUCUACUAUCAAAAGUAUGGUCACCGUUCUUGGAAGAAGGUUGACUACGGAUUCGCUUUACACAAAGUACAUGGAUUUAAUCGCUUGGCUUGCCCAGAAAGACCCAUCGAUAAGAAGCUCUUUGAAUGCUUAUAAAAGUCGCGUGAAUCAGGAGUUGAGCUGGGCCGAUAAAUACAUCCCGAAAAUACACGAAUGGAUGGAGAGGAAUUAUCCAGAUCUCAGUUAUCGUUUACCUUCAUCGGUUUCUCCACUGAAGUACAAUGUUUUGCUUGCUCCCUAUUUCCAAGAAAAAAAUUUCAUGUUCACUGGAAACGUUCAGAUAGCGAUGAAACGUCACAGAAGUACAUCUCGUUUAGUCCUCAACAGUCACCAACUCAACAUCAAGAACGUGUCACUCUACGAAAGCGAUUCGAAUUUGAACAAGGGCAAACCGUUAAGCCUAAAUAGGUUCGCGAUAAACGAAACCAGGCAAAUGCUCACGAUAUUCACGAACAACUUAAUCAAGAGCGGAGAGAUAAUAAUCGACAUCGAAUUUAACGGAACCUUAAACGAUAAUUUAGAAGGGUUCUAUCGAAGUUAUUAUUUCGACAGUGAGAACCAUAUUCGAUGGUUAGCAACGACUCAAUUUGAACCCACGUACGCCAGAAAAGCAUUCCCCUGCUUCGAUGAGCCAGCUUUUAAAGCUAAGUUUGUAAUACAGAUUGAAAGGCCUAAGGACUACAUCGCCCUUAGCAAUAUGCCUUCUACUGGUGUGUCACCAUCGGAGGUUUCAGAUCGCGUGCGGGAAUCAUUUGCAGAGACCGAACUAAUGUCGCCGUAUUUAGUCGCAUUUGUCGUUUGCGAUUUCAAACCUGUCAGAGAUUCAUACGUCAAAGUGAAUAUAUGGGGCAGACCCGAAAUUUCGGCAAAUGGUGAUUACGCGCAGGUUGCUGCGAUGCGAAUGCUGGACCUCUUAGCCACGGAAACAGGACACGAGUAUACUCUACCGAAAUUGGACUUGAUAGGAAUCCCCGAUUUCUCGAUGGGUGCUAUGGAAAACUGGGGUCUUGCCACAUUUAGAGAGUACGGCCUAUUCUACAAACACAAUGUGACAACGGCUAAAUAUGCGGAUUACAUACUCACUAUAAUAGCCCACGAGCUUGCCCACAUGUGGUACGGAAACUUAGUCACUUGCGACUGGUGGGAUCAUAUUUGGCUCAACGAAGGAUUCGCAGAAUACAUGCAAUGGCGGAUUGCUAGUUUAUUCAAACCUAGCCACGGUUUCCAAGAUCUUUUCGUCGUCGACGAGUUGCAAGCAGCGAUGCAGAGCGAUGACUUCCCUUCGUCACACCCUAUGAACCAUCCUGUUAGUACACCAUCGGAAAUAGCCAAUGUCUUUGACACCAUCACGUACGGAAAAUCAUCCAGUGUACUGCGGAUGAUACAUAAAUCAUUGGAUCCAGAUGUUUUCUCGAAGGCAACGUACCAGUAUUUGCUUCGUCGUCGGUACAAUACUGCAACACCGAAAGACCUUUGGGAAGCUUUCGACGACGCCAUCAAAGAGACGAACGCUCUUGGAAAUUGGGAAAUUUCAAUGGAAACAUUAAUGGAAAAUUGGACUAAUACAGCGGGAUAUCCUCUUGUAACUGCGUCAUUCUACAACGGUAGAAUAACGCUAACUCAGAAACGUUUCUCACUGAAAAAUAAAUACCUGUCCGAGGGUUUCUACUUUUGGAUACCAAUCACAAUAGCAUCUUCCUCUAACGUGAAUUUCAUAACGACUUCAACGAAGAUUUGGUUGGGGCCAAAUAGAAUGGAGAUAAUGAAUCCGAGUACAGACGACUGGUUCCUCCUAAACGUUCAGCAGAGCGGUUACUAUCGCGUCAACUAUGACAAAGAUUCGUGGUUACGUUUGAUGUUAGCGUUAAAAAAACCAACGCACAGCUCGAUCCAUGUGACAAAUCGCGCUCAAAUCGUCGACGACCUUCUAAAUUUGGCUCGCGCAGAUCACAUAGAUUACGAGCUAGCGCUCAAUGGCACUGCGUACCUAAAGAAGGAGAAAGAUUACCUGCCCUGGAAAGCGUUCUUCAAUGGCAUCAAUUUCAUCGUACAGCGUUCCGAAGGUCACAACAACACUCUCUCGGCACUUAACGAGUACAUCUUGAAGUUAACGUCAGAGAUUUACGAGAAAAUUGAUUUCGUGGAUAACGACGACGAAAACCACUUGAAUCAGUUGAGCAGGGAUCUGAUUCUAACAUGGGUUUGCAAAUUCAACGAAACGAAGUGCGUGGAUACGGCUAAGAAAUCGUUCGCCAAUUGGCGCAGCAGUUCAGUAAACAGAAUUUCACCAAAUGCAAGGCCAGCCAUGUACUGUACAGCCAUAAGAUUUGGAUCCGAUGCUGAUUGGCGCUUCUUGUGGGAACAAUACCUGGCCACACAGUUUGCUUCGGAAAAAAAAAUUAUACUAGACGCCCUUGGUUGCACGCGACAAGAGACGUUACUGCGCGAAUACAUUCAAUACGCAUUGAGUCGUAAUUACACGGCGAACAUUCGAAAACAGGAUGUCAGUGCGGCACUUGCUUCUAUCUACACCUCAGGACAAUUUGGACUAGAAGUGAUGUUGGAUUACCUGUUACAAAAUUAUGAAAACGUCUAUGCACAUUAUGGUGAAUGGAACAGCGUUGGACAAUUAUUCUCUAAAGUGGCAUCUCGCAUAUCCACUCCACAACAAAUUGAAAAGCUCAGCAACUUUAUAAAAACGAAAGGGAAAAACAUCAUAUCCAUUUUAUCUACCCUAGAAUCAUCACUUAAAACCGCAGAGGAUAAUUACAAAUGGUACCAGACUCACUAUAAUCAAAUUCACACAUGGUUGAGUUGGUACAAUAACGGUGGAAUCGUUUUUAGUAGCUUAGGUAUAGUUUCCAUGACGAUAUUUUCAAUAAUCGUAUACAUGCUAAGUCAGUAAAUAUUGCAAAUUAUAACUGAAUAAGAACUGAGAUAUGUUAUGUUGAUAUAUAUAAAACGUUAAAAACCGAAACAUAUUCUAUAGAAAUUAAGUAUUGCAUCAAUAGUAUUAUUAUAAAAUAAAGCAAAUAAUAUAUAAGUUUAUUUCUGA